AUGACCGGGCGCAGAGACAUGGAGCCGCCCGCCGCUUUCUCGGGCUUCCCCGCCCUGCCCUCGGUCGCGCCGUCGGGGCCGCCGCCGUCGCCACUCGCCGGGGCCGAACCGGGGCCGGAGCCCGAGGAGGCGGCCGCGGGCCGCGGGGAGCCGGAGUCCGCCCCCGCACCGGGCCCGGGACGGCGGCGGCGGCGGCCCCUGCAGCGGGGGAAGCCGCCCUACUCGUACAUCGCGCUCAUCGCCAUGGCGCUGGCGCACGCCCCGGGCCGCCGCCUCACGCUGGCCGCCAUCUACCGCUUCAUCACCGAGCGCUUCGCCUUCUACCGCGACAGCCCGCGCAAGUGGCAGAACAGCAUCCGCCACAACCUGACGCUCAACGACUGCUUCGUCAAGGUGCCGCGCGAGCCGGGCAACCCGGGCAAGGGCAACUACUGGACGCUCGACCCCGCGGCCGCCGACAUGUUCGACAACGGCAGCUUCCUGCGGCGCCGCAAGCGCUUCAAGCGCGCCGAGCUGCCCGCGCUGCCCGCCGCCGGCCCGCCGCCCUUCCCCUACGCGCCCUACGCGCCCGCGCCCGGCCCCGCGCUGCUCGCCCCGCCGCCCCCCGCCGCCGCGCCCGGGCCCUCGCCGCCCGCGCGCCUCUUCAGCGUCGACAGCCUGGUGAGCCUGCCGCCCGAGCUGGCGGGGCUGGGCGCCCCCGAGCCGCCCUGCUGCCCCGCGCCCGACGCCGCCGCCGCCGCCUUCCCCCCCUGCCCGGCCGCAGCCUCCCCGCCGCUCUACUCGCCCGGCCCCGAGCGCCUGGGGCUGCCGGCACCGCGCCCCGGCCCCGGCCCGCUCCCCGCCGAGCCCCUGCUGGCGCUGGCCGGGCCCGCCGCCGCCCUCGGCCCGCUCGGCCCCGGGGAGGCCUACCUGCGGCCGCCGGGCUACGCGCCCGGCCUCGAGCGCUACCUGUGA